AUGUCGACGAUCGACAGGCAGACAAGUAGUGCUUUCACAGAGCCCGAAGACGGUUUUGCUGACGAUGAUCUCCUUGCUGCGGAUGAUUUGAGCGUGGAUCUUAGCGGUAUUCCACCAUCACGGUCGUUUCUGGAGAGGCUAGACUACGAAUCAGAACUAGGAACAGUCGAUCCGUUCGAAGAGGAUUUUUCUGCCAUAGCCAGAUAUGAAAUCGUAGAGGUGAUUGCAGAUGGUGAUCGAGUUGGAAGGCCUAUAAUCGUAAUUUACGCGUAUCGUCUUCCUCCUAGCAAAUCCAUAGAUCACGCACAGCUACUCCGGUAUUUGCAAUCAAUCCUCGAUAAGGUGGUUGACUUGGAUUAUACCAUAGUUUACUUCCAUUAUGGUCUGAGAAAGCC